AUGGUAAUGGAGAUCUGCGAUUCCGACUUGAAGAAGCUGUGCCGCACGGACGUGACUCUGACUCCGCUCCACAUCAAUACGCUGUUGUACAACCUACUCGUGGGCCUGAAAUACCUGCAUUCCGCCGGCAUCUACCACCGAGAUUUGAAGCCGGCCAACUGCCUCGUCAACCAGGACUGCUCCGUGAAGAUCUGCGACUUUGGCCUCAGCCGCGCCAUCGAAGCAGCAGAGCAGCCACAUUUGCAUGCGCCCGGGGACCCGAGCCACGGUGCCACGGGUCUUUUGGCCGUGCCAGGGGUCCCGCACACACAGCGCCUCAAGAGGAACCUGACUGGACACGUGGUGACCAGGUGGUACCGAGCCCCUGAACUCAUCCUGCUGCAGGAGAAUUACACCGAGGCGAUUGACAUUUGGUCGGUGGGCUGCAUUUACGCAGAGCUUCUCGGAAUGCUCGAGGGCACAAGGACCCAGGAUCGAGGGCCUCUGUUCCCGGGCUCGUCGUGCUUCCCAUUGUCGCCCGAUCACAAGCACAAGACGGACUACAAGUAUCACACGCCCGGCGCCCAGCUUGCCGUGCUUCUUCAUCUCGGGAUGGCUCGACCUUAUUGGAGCUCGGGCAACCAUGGAAGGAAAGGGGCUUCUGCAUUCCCAACUCAAGACCUCUUGGAGAACCACGUGGUCUGUCCCAGGCGAGGGAAGCACGACCAACUGAACAUGAUUUUCAACCUCCUGGGCUCCUUGGCUUGGAUCGGGAGAAGAGCCUUAGGGUUCUUUCUCGUAGGUGCUAUUCCGGGCCGCAAGCGUAAAAGACUGCUUCUGCCGUGCCUGCAGGAAUGCCCAACAUGGACGAAGACAAAAAGCUUUCGGUGUUCAAAAUCAUGGGAAACAGGUUUAGAACUGAAGAUGACCUUUGGCAACGGUUUCUACCUGUGUUGCAGCACUGGUCCUGGCGCAACCGCCAGGCACGCCGGGAGAGCCAGAUGUGGAGCAGCUAGAGCGGGAAGACGCAAAGAGGCCACGGAGCUUGGCCUUGCGUUGAACAGGGGUGGAGUUACGAUGCAGGAGAUCCUGUCUUUGGGUCAGCCCAAACUUUCUGCUGUGAAGAAAUGUUUGGUGUUCUUGCCGGGAUGA